AUGAUCUCUCGACCUACCUCCUUUCCACGUACAUUGAUACCCCGCGUCACCUCCGUACAAGGCGUAAUUUGCCGGCGGCACCGUUCGACGAAGCAACGUUUCCAUGAUGCUGCUAUUUCACCAUCAGUCCAGCCUCCCAUCGAGCUACCCUCUAUGGCAAGACUGCCGACGAAGCUAUUGUUGCGCUCUCUAGUUUUGACCUCUCUUAUGACAUCUAAAAUAUUCCUGAAACCUGCAUUGGCUCUAUUGAACGUUCUCAGCAACUCCAACUCCGCCCUUUUAAACGCCGAUCGAAACCCAGUUCUUAACAAACUUCUCCGGUGGACUGUCUACAAUCAUUUUUGUGCUGGAACGAACCGCAAAGAGGUCUCAAAGACCGUAGCACAAAUCAAAGAUAUUGGAUACCAGGGCGUGAUUUUGGGUUAUUCAAGGGAGAUUGUUCUCGCUCCGAAUGAGAAGUUGGCUUCCAGUGACUCUGGCACCACGGACUACAGCGAUAGGUGCUAUGAGACUGUGGAAGAAUGGAAGAAUGGCACACUUGAGACUCUCCGGAUGGUUGGAGCCGGAGACUUCCUCGCUGUUAAACUCACAGGUGCUGGUCCGAUCUCCCUCGACGCCAUGGCAGCCAAAAAGCCUAUGCCGGACGUGAUGGUCAAAGCCAUGGAUGAAAUAUGCAUCGCGACGAAAGAACAAGGUUCACGUCUUUGGCUGGAUGCUGAGCAGCAAGUUCUGCAGAAUGGAUUGGAUAUCUGGGCCAUUGAUAUUAUGCGCAGACACAAUAACUCGGAUUCUCCCUUGGUCUACAACACCAUUCAGGGAUACCUCAAGGCAUCUAAGGCCAACCUAGACCACCACAUUACCCUCGCUGCACAAGAAGGGUGGACCUUGGGAAUUAAAUUGGUCCGAGGAGCCUAUAUCGAGCAUGAGACCCGCUCCCUCAUUCACAAUACUAAAGAAGAGACGGAUGAUUCCUACGAUUUGAUUGCGGACAUGAUGCUGUGCCAAAGGAUGCCGGAAGAAGUUAAUGACUUGAAGUUCCCCAAGGCCGCACUCUUUCUCGCAACGCACAAUGCUGCCAGUGCUGCAAAGGCAAUUGCUACUCAUCAAGACCUACUUCUUGCACAAAAACCGACGAUAUUGCUGGAAUGUGGUCAGAUUCAAGGAAUGGCAGACGAAUUGAGUUGCGAGUUAGUGCAGAACUACGAGCGCGCUUUGAAGGAGUCUUCCGUUGCGAAUAUAUCUGUACCCAAGGCUUUCAAGUGUAUGGCCUGGGGCUCAGUGGCGGAAUGUAUGCAGUACCUGCAUCGUCGGGCGAUUGAGAAUAAGGGCGCAGUUGAGCGUACGCAGCAUAUGGUAGAUGCACUACGACGGGAAUUAUGGCGAAGAAUGUUUGGUUAG